AUGAACAAUAAGGAGCGCUCGAGACCCGCCUCGGCCAGCAAUUCUCUUCAUCGACAGAAGUCUACCGUCCGUCUCAGUCCUGCGCCGCUGCUGCGAGAUGCUUCAAUUGCUCCCACAUCCCGUGCCGACUCCAUCCCCCACGACCACCUUGACCAUGACCCUGAUCAUGAUCGCGAUCCCGAUGACGACGAUCCGCUCCAUAUCGCCUUGAAGGCUCGCUUUGAUCUCUCGCAAUCAAAAAUUGCCCAUCUCUUUGCGCGCCAUACCGUAUCCGCUCCAGAACCAGACUCCAAAUCUUCUCGUCCCGCUCGCGACCAAUCCUCCGACCACCACUCCACUCCACCCCCACCUCCUCCUCCAAAAAGACCCGCGCGUACCAUUGACGAAGACGAUUAUGGCGACGAUGACGAUGACGAUGACGAUGAGGAAGAGCAUGUCUCACAGGUCCAACCAUCACAACCCACUGCCGAGUCUCCUCCGCGCUCAAAACACUCUGCCUCGCCAUCAUUACCCCUCAAGCCCACCCUUACGCGCACGAGCACUUCCUCCCACUCUUCGGAUCAUAUCAAGUCUUCAGAAGAUGUGCGCAAGAAACUCGAGCAAGACAAAAAGGCUGCCGAGGACAUGGCGCGAAAGAGUUUCCAUAUCAUGUUCUACACCCUCGAGGCAGAUCGAGAUGCCAUGAUGGAACAGCAAAAACUCGACGACCUGGACAGACAGGUCGAGAACGAAAUGUCUGGCGCUUCCAAUCCCGCUCCAACAUCGGACCCCUCUGGCAUCCAGCAAGGGUCUCUCAGCAAUGCCGACCUUGGUGCUUCGAGCUUGACCUUGAAGAAUCUUAUCGCCCGCAUAGAUGCCAAAAGGACCAUGGUCAACGCGAAUGAUACACAACUACGUACCCUCAUUAGUGAAGUUCGCAAAGGACGCAGCAAAUGGGCCAGUGAGGAGAAGAUUGGCCAGGAAGAACUGUACGAGGCCGCCGAGAAGGUCCUGAUGGAGUUGAAAGCAAUGACCGAAUACUCGACUCCCUUCCUGCAGAGAGUGAAUAAACGAGAUGCUCCCGACUAUUUCCACAUCAUAAAACAACCCAUGGACAUUGGCACGAUGAUCAAGAAGCUCAAGAGCUUUUCUUACAGAUCCAAAAAGGAGUUUGUCGGGGAUCUGAAUCUCAUUUGGGCCAAUUGUCUUACCUACAAUGCAGAUCCCGCUCAUCCUUUGCGCAAGAAGGCCCUGUACAUGCGCAAGGAGACUGACAAACUAGUUCCUUUGAUUCCUGACAUUGUCGUCAGAGACAGGGCAGAGGUUGAAGCAGAGGAGAGACGGCUACAGAACUUGGAUGUCGACCUCGAGGGAGGAGAAGACAGUGAUGAUGAUCAACCCAUCAUGGCAUCACGUGGUCGCAAAGCCCCGGGCAAGAGCAAGAAGGGGCAGUCCAAUCCUACCCGACAGACUACUCCAGGUGCUCCCGAGAGUACACCAGCUGCCGAAUCUAAGCCCGCAAUCCACGCAUCAGCUUCCAGCUUGCGCAAUGAGUUCCUGCGUGCCGAUUCUGAUGCCCCUGCGGAGGCUAGCUCAAAUGGCUUUUCUACGCCUCCUCCUCCCGGUACUGCUACUCCUCUUGGGACUAACGGCUUGAGCCAAGUCGAUCUGAUGGAAGUCGACGGAGUGGGGAACUCGAUCGCCAUAGGCUCUCAAACCAUGGAACCUGAUGAGGACGACGCCGAGUUCAAGACCUGGAAACAAGUCACCAAAAAGGACAGAGCCAUGGCUGCUGCGGAGAGGAACCGCUUGUUCCGUGGCGAUCAUUUGAAUCCCGAUGAACCAGCAUUGUUACGCUCAAAAGCAGGGAUGCGACGAUGGCUUCGUCAGCAGAAGCAGAUCAUGCUAGAGCCAAACAAUGCAAUUUCGAAGACUGAUUCUGAAGAACCGGAACCGGAUGCAAGUACUACGGGCGAAACUCUUGCCGAGGUUGAGAAAGACCAAGAUCGGACACUCCCUGAUUAUUACGACGUUCUGGCAGCGAUCCCUGACUUGAACGAGCAGAUGAGGUGGACAGAAGACUCGGAAGGCAAAGUGAUACCUCAAGUUGAGGAAUAUUUACGAGUGUUCCCACAAGAGCAGUUCGUAUCCUCAGAAAGCGGUCUCACAAAGCGCAUGGAAGCGAACAUGAGGCAGAUGCAAGAGACUCGGAAGAUCUGCGCAAAAAUCGGCAUCGUCAAGCAGAUGCAGAUACAGGCUCAGACGUACCAAAAUCAGUUCCAGAAAUACGAUCCUCAACCGUUCGUAGAACAAGAUAUUGGCGCAGUCGCUGUCUCUGAAGACGGCCCAAUCAUGUCACCAUGGGUUUGCCGUGCGGCCUUCCAGAGAGCGGUAGGCAAAAUUUUCUACCAUGCUGGUUUUGAAGACUUCCAGCCCUCUGCACUUGAUGCAGUCACCGAUAUUGCCAGCGAUUUCUUCGGCAAGCUGAUUAGGACCUUCACCCUAUACAAUGAAGCCCCCAAGGAUGAGCUGGAUGCUCACAGUUUCAGCGCUGAGGAGCAGGUCCUCCACUGCCUUCACAAAAACGGGUUGGAUCUGGAAUCUCUCGAAACUUACGUCAAAGACGACGUUGAGAGAUUGGGGUCCAAACUAGGAGUAGUCCAUGAGCGCAUGAAGGCGCAUCUUGCUGACUUACUUCGUCCCGCUUUGGGCGACAGUGUUGGAGCAGAUGGUGUCGGUGCAUUCAACGACGGCAGUGAUCAAUUCACGAGUGGUGACUUCGCUGCUGAUGUCGAUGAAGACUUCUUUGGCUUCAAAGAGCUCGGUCUGGCUGAAGAAUUUGGUCUGGAGAGCCUCAGCGUUCCUCUACAUCUACUGCAGAACCGCAUGCACAGCGCCUACCAAGCAAACCAUACCAGUUUGAUCACCUCCUCCGGCAUUGUGUUUCCUGUACCUGCUCCUUACGAUCCUAUUUCGACGGAUAAUCUACCUUCGCAGAUCGGCUUGGUCCAAGACUUCUUCGCAACCAAGUUGGCCGCGAACCAAGGAAGACCUCUAGUUGAUGACGAAGAUCUACCUACCAAGCAGCGAUUCCCUCGACCUCGCCUGCCACCGACUGGAAAGAUCAGCAGUCCGAGAAAACGACCCAUCAGAGAGCAACAGCAAGCCGCAAAGAAGCGCAGGAAGCUCGAGGAGAGUAAGGACGACGGCAAACUCGUAAGACCGAUCGGACAAUUGAAAUUGGCGAUGCCAGGAGCCAAAGACAAAGGUCCAGAACCAGAAAAAGAGCACGAAGGGAAAAACGCCAUGAUGAGUCCUCCGGAGAGCAUCACCGCCAGCUAA